AUGCCCUCCGCAUUGCUGAUCGGUGCCAUUACCCACGCCCGCAAGGAGUGGGAGGACCUCUCGUCGCUGUUGACGCUGAAGGAAUUCCCCGAGGGAACGCGCGAGGAUUUCAUUCGCAAUUGCAAAGACGGGCAGUACGAUGAUGUGCUGGUGAUUUAUCGGUCCAAUGCAUCCACCAAGUUCACCGGCCCCUUCGACGCAGAACUACUCUCUGUCUUACCCAAGUCUCUGAAAUAUAUCUGUCAUAACGGCGCCGGGUACGAUAAUGUGGAUAUCCCGGGGUGUACGCAACGCGGGAUUCUGGUCUCUAGCACGCCUGUCGCAGUUAACCAUGCGACGGCCGACGUGGGCAUUUUCCUUAUGAUUGGCGCUUUGCGACAGGCUUACGUGCCGUUGGCUGCUCUGCGGGCUGGCCAAUGGCAAGGAAAAGCGACUCUGGGCCGCGAUCCUCAAGGCAAAGUGCUAGGAAUCCUUGGUAUGGGAGGCAUCGGUCGGGAAAUGGCCAACCGCGCAAAAGCCUUCGGCAUGAAGAUCCACUACCACAACCGAUCCCGACUGUCGCCUGAGCUAGAAGACGACGCUACAUACGUGUCGUUCGACGAGCUUCUGGCGACCUCAGACGUACUGAGCUUGAACCUGGCCCUGAACGCCAAAACCCGACAUAUCAUUGGCGAGAAGGAGUUCCAGAAGAUGAAGGACGGGGUUGUGCUGGUCAACACGGCCCGGGGCGCGCUGAUUGAUGAGAAGGCGCUGGUGACGGCGUUGGAGUCGGGCAAGGUCUUGUCGGCGGGAUUGGACGUGUAUGAGAACGAGCCGGUCGUGGAGCAGGGGCUGGUUGACAACCCUCGGGUGAUGCUGUUGCCGCAUAUCGGAACCAUGACAUACGAGACGCAGAAGGACAUGGAGUUGCUGGUGUUGAAUAACUUGCGCUCGGCGGUGGAAAAGGGCGAGAUGAUCACGUUGGUACCGGAGCAGAAGUCGUAG